UUGGUGCAUUCAGAACCAUCAAAUAAAAUACUGCAGAAUAAAUUAAAGAAGUUGUUCUUCUUCAGAAACAUAUAUACAUCCUUCACCUCCACUAUACUGCAAAUCAGUAUCGAUCCUUGCUGUCACUCUCCAUACCUCUCUAUGUUGCAAAAGUUGUGUCUACCUUAUUUAUACUGGCAAUGAUAACAACCCACAAUCAUAGUGGCCUAAAAGAUUCGAUCUUUAUUACUUUCUUAUAUAACCACCUUCAAAUUUCCAUUUCUUGUGUGUGAACUGAGGCAAGAAGACAACUAGCCAUGGGGGAGACUCAAUCAGAGGUGGCCACUAGGAAAGAUAUCAAGUACAGAGGUGUUGUCCCCGAAGGUAGCCCUUUCAAGAGUGUUGCUCAGGUCUUAGUGGCCGCUUUCAAGAAGAGGCGCCUGGAUUUGCCUCAACAUUCACUCUCACUUUUCCACCAUGCUCCCUCCAACUCUCUCAAUUCUAGGCUUCCCUUCACAAAUCAAUUCAGAUGUUUAAGCAAGGCGGCAAUAAUAAGAACAGCAGAAGACGCAAUCAAGGAAGAUGGUGCUGCAGAAAAUCCAUGGAGGCUUUGCAGCGUUCAGCAGGUGGAAGAAGUGAAAUGCUUACUAAAAAUCCUCCCAAUAUGGGGAGCUGGAGUCAUCUACUACAUCUCCGUCGUCCAAGCUCAAAACUUUGUAGUCUUCCAAGCCAUCCAGAGCGACCGGCGUCUCGGCGGCGCCACCUUCCAAAUCCCACCGGCAUCCUUCAUAGUAUUCGCAAUGCUAAGCAUCACCAUCUGGCUACCCAUCUACGACCGCUUAAUACUCCCAAUCCUCCGCAAACACACCAACAAAGAAGACGGCAUUACCCUCCUCCAGAAAAUGGGAAUCGGGAUAUUCCUGUCAGUGAUCACCAUGGUGGCAUCCGCCAUAGUUGAAACCAGAAGAAGAACCUUAGCCGCCGAGAACGAGGUUUCUUCCAUGUCUGCGCUGUGGCUGAUUCCUCAGAUGGCCCUGUCGGGGCUGUCGGAGGCUUUUGCGCUGAUAGGCGAAAACGAGUUUUUCUACCGACAAUGCCCGGAAAACAUGAGGAGCAUUGCCGCUUCAUUCUUGUUUGUCGGGCUAGCAGGGUCUAGCUACCUUAGCAGCUUCUUAACAUCAGUUGUUCAUAGGACAACAGGGUGGUUGGCUCAGGAUUUGAACCAGGGGAGAUUAGAUUACUUUUAUCACGUAGUGGCAGCAUUAGAAAUGAUCAAUCUCAUAUAUUUUCUUGCGUGUGCAAAGUGGUACAAGUAUAAAGGAAACACAAAUACCCCAUAGUAUCCAACAACACCAGAAGCCUCCAGUUUGAUUAUGUUGGGGGUAUUUGGUAUAUAGUUGUUAGCUGAUUGUGUUAGUAUGUUUGACUAGUUGAUUGUAGAAAAAUGUUUGAUAAA